UGCUGCAUGUACCUUUAAUGUGGCUGGAGCUGAAGAGAAGUAGACACGCUCAUUUUCCCUUGGAAUCCACCUUUUCCUCUAAUUAAAUAUCGUUGGUCUAUUCUUCAAUUAUAUGAACAUUACACGUCGAACCCUCAGCUCUGCAUGCCGCUUGAUUAACAUCAACUGUAUCAGAAACAUCUCCUACUCACAGUGUGUUAUGACAUCAUCAAGGCAUACAAACUCCAAAAGGAUUGAGGGACUGGACAAGAAUGUUUGGGUGGCCUUCACCUCGGUGGCAGCAGACCCCACCAUAGUGAACCUGGGCCAGGGCUACCCCGACAUUCCUCCCCCAGCCUACAUCAAGGAGGGCCUGGCUAACGCUGCUGCAGUAGACAAGCUCAACCAGUACACAAGAGGCUUUGGCCACCCGUCUCUGGUAAAGGCUCUUUCUCAGGUGUAUGGGAAAGUGUAUGGACACCAGAUUGAUCCUUUCAAGGAGAUACUGGUCACAGUAGGUGGCUAUGGAUCCUUGUUCAGUACCAUGCAGGCACUGGUGGAAGUGGGAGAUGAGGUUAUAAUUAUCGAACCCUUCUUUGAUUGCUAUGUACCCAUGGUUCGAAUGGCAGGGGCAACACCUGUCUUGAUACCAUUACGACUUAGAUCCAAUAAGGAGACCAGUAGUGUUUCCAGUGCUGACUGGGUCCUGGAUCCAGAGGAACUAGCCAGUAAAUUCACCUCAAAGACCAAGGCCAUCAUUAUUAACACUCCCAACAACCCCAUUGGGAAGGUAUUCACCAAGGGUGAGCUUCAGAAUAUCUCCGACCUCUGCAUCAAACACGAUACUCUGUGCAUCAGUGAUGAGGUGUAUGAAUGGCUCAUCUACAAGGGACACCAACACAUCAAAAUAGCCACUCUUCCUGGCAUGUGGGACAGAACGAUCACCAUCAGCAGUGCAGGGAAGACCUUUAGUGUGACGGGCUGGAAGCUUGGCUGGUCUAUAGGGCCAGAACACUUGAUAAAGCACCUUCAGACUGUAAUGCAGAACACCUUGUACACCUGUCCAACGCCGCUGCAGGAGGCUGUGGCCCAGGGCCUGCUGAGGGACUGUGAGCUGAUGGGUCGGCCGGAGUGUUACUUCUCCUCUCUGGCCGUGGAGCUGCAGGGGAAGAGGGACCGCAUGGCUGCUAUCCUACAGGACGUUGGCAUGUCUCCUAUCAUACCCGAGGGAGGGUACUUCAUGUGCGUGGACGUCACACCCCUUAAUCAGGACUUGUCUCAUAUGGGAGAUGAUGAGCCUUACGACUACAAGUUUGUCAAGUGGAUGAUUAAGGAGAAGAAACUGGCAGCCAUUCCGGUCACAGCAUUCUGUGGUGAUGCUUCCAAGAAGCAGUUUGAGAAAUACAUCCGUCUAUGCUUCAUCAAGCAAGACAGCACUCUGGAUGCAGCGGAGGCCAUCUUCAAGAACUGGAACAAGUAAAAUACGUCCUGUUGGACCUAAGGGUUUGUCUCAAGACCCUCUCUUUUUACUGUGACACCCCUAUAACACGUUACUUUGUAGGACAGGUAUGGAACUGUUUGUAGGACAGGUAUGGAACUGUUUGUAGGACAGGUAUGGAACUGUUUGUAGGACAGGUAUGGAACUGUUUGUAGGACAGGUAUGGAACUGUUUGUAGGACAGGUAUGGAACGGUUUGGCCUGUUUAUAUUUGUAUACAUCUUUGUGUUUUUUAUGUUCUUUUAUUUUAUUGCCUUUCAUUUGAGUUUUAUCUCAUUUGAUUGGAUGUUAUAUGACACGCAUAGAAAGGAUUAACUUCCAGGUUUGAAUUUCCUCUUUGUGACAUCAGCGCUUGCUGAGUAUCACUCGUCAUCCUGUCAACGUUGUUUUCCUGUACCCUUCAUAUGAUGUUUUGAUCCUGUGCAGUCCUCCUGGUUUGGUGUUGUAUUUCAUCUGUGAAUAAAAUAUUACUUUUUAAAAUAU